GCGAGCGCAGGUGAGCGGGCGGGAGCAGUAGGGCGAGCGCGCUCGCCUCGCCGGAGCCAUGCUGCCUGCUGCUGUCCGGAGGUGGUUGCACAGGCCGAAGCGUUCUGAUCCCAGGCUGCUGUCUCAGUUUUUCUAUGCUGAUGAGAGAGUGACUCGAGUGGUAACGGAGAUCAAUUGUCUGGAUGUGGAGACGGAUCCUCAGCAGUACCUGGUGCUGCUAAAUCAGCUGCAUGUUAGUCAGGCUGAACUGUUAGCCAUCAUAGAGCAGAUAAUGGAUGAGUGCAUCCCCAAGGAGCGACAUGGCCGUGACUAUGUCAUCAAAUUCCCCGAGGACCUUCUAGUGGACAGCCUCCGGAACCACAUGUUGUUUGCUGCUGAGUGUUUGAUGGCACACACCUAUAUUGAUGUGGAUGAAGCUGAUGGAGUGCGGCUUCGACCUCUGGCCAAGGAUCUGCUGUGCAGCUUAGAACUGGUACGGACGGUACUCCGGGAGCAAAGCCUGAGCCAACAUGGUCCUUACUCAGAGCCUGUCCGUAGGGCACUGAUUCGCUUUGAUAUACUCUUUGCAGAGUUUGAACUGAGCUAUGUGUCUUCAUUGGUUUCGGUGAAAUCACCCGAAGAAGUCUAUAGGCAACAGGAGAUUGUUGUGCUAUUCUGCGAAACUGUGGCCAGAGCGCUGAAGCUUGGCUACUUGACACAGGAGAUGAUUGAUGGCUAUGAGCCGCAGCUGAUGUUCACAAUUCCCCGCCUGGCCAUUAUUAGUGGGCUUCUGAUCUACCCUGAUGGGCCCCUCAACUUGGAACGGAAGCCUGAGGACAUAUCCCGAGUCUUCAGCCCCUUUUAUGUCUUGCUUAGGAAAAUCAGAGACCUGUUGCGUGUGCUGUCCAGGGAAGAGCUUUACAUGUUGGAGAAACGUGUCCUGAAUGAAAGUGCUGCAGAUUCACAGGCCUCCUGCAAGGUGGACUCUGCUGACUUCAGGGGCUCUGUGGCUUGCUUAUCUGUCCCAAGGCAUCCUGGGCGGGAGCCUAAGAGCACCCAUGCAGGAGCCAUUGUUGAAGUUUCACGGCACUCCCGGUGGUUGGAAUUACGAUCCCGUUACAGGAACACCGAUGACAUGAUCCACACAUUAUUUGUUUGUAUCUCUGGAGUGGCAGACCAGCUCCAGACCAACUUUGCCAGUGACCUGCGUGCCAUCCUGAAAACUGUAUUUGCCAUCGUGACGUCCCAGACAGAGGAACUGGAAGUGACCAACACUGGCCAGGUGGGGGUCUGUGUGGCGCCCGCAGUUCCUCACUUGGCAGACUGUGCUCUCUGUUCCAGUAGUAGGCAAGGCCGUGGAAGACAAGAUACACUGGAACCACCAGAGUGGGUGCCAGACAGCACUUGCAACCAUUGCAUGGCUUGUCAUGUGCCUUUUACUUUUCUUCGUCGACGUCACCACUGCCGGAGUUGUGGGAAGAUCUUCUGCUCUCGCUGUUCCUCGCACUUGGCACCUCUGCCCCACUUCAGGCAGCUGAAGCCGGUCCGCAUCUGCAGUCACUGCUACACCACCCACUUACCCUCUGCCCACAAAGAUGCCAGCUGCUUGUGAGCAUCAGCCUGUG